AUGCAGACCGCUGCUCGAUGGCCAUUGUUCUGGCUUCUUCCCUAUUCAGUCUGGAGCUAUUCGGGCGUCACCGCGGAGUCCAAUGCUUUGAACUUCGUCCAGAGGAAGGUGCUGCCACGAGUCUCUCCACCGCCCGAGCUUCCAGCGGCUGAGAGUGCACCUUCAAAGCCCUGGCACGUGCACAAAUACAUCUGUGUUGCUCAUCACAAGGCCGGGCUUUUUUUGGUGCGCGACCUCUGCAAGGCGGUCUUCGACACUCUUGGGGCGACACCAAGCGAAAUGGGUGAGUGGAUUCAGCCCUGUUACCCUCGCACUUGUGUGCACCCAAAGGCACCGAUCCAGUUCUGGAUGGACCUCUACUCAUACGAGCGAGCGCAGGAAGCAAGGGAAGCUGCCGGCGCGAAAGGCAUGCGCGUCGUGGGAAUCGUGCGAGACCCGGUGUCCGUGAUCGUCUCAGCUUACUGCUAUCACCAUCGGGGCGAGGAGCCAGGAAAUGUCGUGUUCGAAAAUACCACCUUAAUGCACAUGGGCCCCAAACAAGGACUCAAGUUUGUUGCAGAGCGGAUGCUGCAGCUAGUGGAAAACAUGACGAGCGCCUUUGAGCAGCCAUUCAAUGAUACCUUCCACCUAGUCUACGAGAAGGUCACCCAAUCUUCUGAGGCCUUCGACCAGCAGGUUGGGGAGAUGACCAGCUUCUUGUUCCAGCCGGACCUUAUUUCUCCGGCACAGCGCAGCCAAGUCCUCAACGCAACACAAUCAGCAGAUCUGCAUCGUCACCCGGGCGCCAACGGCGAUCACGGGAACGACAAAGCAUGCGAGGACGAAGUGCGCAAGUACGUGCCCUCACUGCCCCCAGAGCUCUUGUCACGAUACCGCUCCUUCCAGGAGCGACUGGGAUAUGCAGCCUCAGAAGAAGGCCUAUCCCAGCAAAGCAGCUUUGGUGAGGUUUUGACAGCUUCAGAAGGAAACCAGGCCGCAACAAUGGCUUGA